AUGGCCUGUCCUCCCUCCGGCUCUGGCUCCUACACCGUGGUCAUCAUCCCCCUCAGGACCAGCCUGCAUAGCCUGGACGCACUGCGCUUCUACCUAUGGAUUAAGCGGCUGAAGGAUCUGGAGAUGGAGAAGGACUCACUGUGGUGCAGUGUGGACAUCUUGGAGCAGGCCCGUCUCUGGUACCACAGGAGGCUGGAGGAGAACAGGGCCCGGCAGGCUGGUGUUGAGGCCAAAACCCGCGCUCGCUCCAGAUCCGAGACUGGAGAAGAGGCAUGGUCUUCCUCGCUGAGGUCUCGUAUCCAGAGGGUGAAUGGCUCUCUGGGCAACAUUAUGAGUGAGCCUAAUGUGACCAGCGGCAGCCGCGCCACCUCCAUGCCCGACACAGUGGUGGACAGCGACCUCCGGUGGCAGAACACAGUGCUGGCUCGGGAAGUGGGUGAAAAGAAUCAGCAGAUAGCCAGACUGGAAUUGGAAAGAGAAGCUCUCCUUCAACAGCUUAGUGAAUUACAGGCUCACUGA